AUGGUUAAUUGGAAACAGCCCGAGUCGGCCGACCGUCUCUUUGCAGCUCUCAUAGUAGCCCACCCAAGCCUAAAGCUGGAUUACCAUGCCAUAGCCACCUACUUCGGUCAAGAAGCAACGUACGAUGCAAUUCAGAACCGUCUGCGGCGAUGUCACGCUCUCGCUGAGCAACUCAGACAAGAGGCCUUUGACCGAGGAAUAACGGACGUCCCUAGUGCAAAAGGACGAAAAUCUACUACCGGCAGCAUUGCCUCUCCUGCACCACGAACACCCCGUGUGGGCCGCAACGGAAUCCAGAAACCUGUCACUUCUUCCUCGUCCCGAAGGAGACUCGCUCCCAGAGCACCUGCCAACUUGAUAACGCCAACCCGAAGCGGAGCCGGUUCAAGCAAAGCAGGGCAGUCUAUCAUGGAUGCAAUCUCUCUUGAAGAUGACAUGCUCGCUGAUGAGGAGACCGAUAUUAAGCCUACUGUCAAAGCGGAGUCUAGGUCUGCACAAGUCUCGACAACAGCAGGUCCUGCUUCUGACGGAAGCGAUGUCGAGAUCAUUGAAGUACCUCCUUCGCCUCCGGCACAUACGACGAGUAAGGUCGAGGACAUUUAUGACUCCAUAUCUGUCUUUCCUUCGUAUCGCAGCUACAGCUUCAACAAUGGGAACGGCUCGAAUGUCAAAAGAGAGCGCGGACAGAGUCGUUUCAUGGACUUCGACGAUACGCCUGUUAAAAAUACGAAUCCUACUCCAGCCUCUAACGCCUUCAGCAGCAGUAGAAGCAACAACGACACCAGUCUCGGUCUAUCCGGUAUAGGUGGCUUCACUCAUGGCAGUAGCUCGAGUUAUGACAUGGACGAUCCGUGGGGAGCAGUUGCAUGA